AUGUUCACUUUAAUUUCAGUGUGUAGUUAUUUAUUUUAUACGCACAAAGAAUCUUUAUUAAAUCUUAUAGGAUUAAGUGAAAAUAGGAACUCAAGGAAAAAUAGAAGAAGAAAAAAAAAAAAAGGAAAAUUAAAACAACCUUUCCCUGAAGAAAAAUUAUGUUUAUCAGAUUCUGACAUGCGUAGGAAAAAAUUCAUUUUAAGAACUUAUAGUGAUGUUAAUUUCAAUGUGACAUAUACUACCAAAAAAGAGCGUAAUUCAAUUUGA